GCUGUAGAGAUCCAACCUGCUGAAAGUGAAUCAGAUGUAGGGGCAGAGAAUCCUCACCUGGAGCUGAGCAAGUAUCAGACUCUGCCGGGGAAACUGAGUAAAAAGAGCGAGCGGAGACCUGAGCUGAACGGAGACGGAGAAUAUUCAUCUCCUGUCCAGCUCUCGUCUGUGCACAGCCACGGGCAGGACUACAGACUGAGAUGUCCAGAGAAGCGGGACGAGUGCGUCCUCUCAGACCAGUCUCCUCUGUCCUCCGGAGUGGACUCUGGACAACAGUCGCCGGUCUCACCAGAGAACAGGAAGAGUCACAGAGGCAUUAAGAAGCUCUGGGGGAAGAUUCGCCGCAGCCAAUCAGGUAGUCCUGUCCAGGUUCACGACCCGGAUCUGGGAGAGUUUAAGAGAGGAGGCUUCAGAGCCACAGCUGGACCUCGACUGGCCCGAUCAGGGAACACACGAGACCUGAAGUUACCUUUCUCCAAGUGGAGCACAGAUCAGGUGUGUGAUUGGCUUGAGGACAUCGGACUCGGUCAGUACGCCAUCUUUGCUCGCCACUGGGUCACCGGCGGUCAGACUCUACUGUCGGCCACCGCACAAGACCUGGAGAAGGAGAUGGCGAUGAAGAACCCGCUCCACAGGAAGAAGCUGCUGUUGGCCGCCAAGACGUUCAGCAGCAAGCAGCCGGAGAAGUCCGCAGAGCUCGAUUACAUCUGGGUCACACGUUGGCUCGACGACAUCGGCCUCCCUCAGUACAAAGAUCAGUUCAAUGACGGACGAGUGGACGGACAGAUGCUGCAGUUCCUCACCGUGAACGACUUAUUAUUCCUUAAAGUGACGAGUCAGCUCCAUCACCUCAGCAUCAAGUGUGCGAUUCACGUUCUCCACGUCAACAAGUUCAACGCCAACUGCCUCAAACGCAGGCCCAGCACUGAGAACCAGUUCUCUCCCAGUGAAGUCGUCCAGUGGUCCAACCACCGGGUCAUGGAGUGGCUGAGAUCCGUGGACCUGGCGGAGUACGCGCCGAACCUGAGGGGCAGCGGCGUGCACGGAGGGCUCAUAAUGCUGGAGCCUCGCUUCAACUCAGACACGCUGGCCAUGUUACUGAACAUCCCUCCUCAGAAAACGCUGCUGAGACGCCACCUAACCACCAACUUCGACAAUCUGGUGGGAACACAGGCGCAGCAGGAGAAGAAGGAGUUCACCGAGGCGGCGGGCUACUCCCCUCUCAGCAUCGCGGCUAAAGUUAAGCCAAAGAAGUUGGGUUUCUCUAACCUGACUCACCUCAGGAGAAGACGAGCGGACGAGUCCACAGAUUACGUCUGUCCCAUCGAGUCGUCCUCGCCUCAGUCGGGACAGCCUGUGGCGAACGGGACACAGAUGCGCCCGUACGCCGGCUUCAGAGGCCUGAGCCCCAUCCUGGACCGAGAGCCCGACCAGUCCAGGCACCAGGUGGGGCUCGACGACAGCAGGGCUCUCCCAUCUCCAUGACAACACCCGUGACGACAACAUGGAGUUAUUGUGUCGACACCACGGGCAGCUAUGUUGUCACGCUUUCAGCCAAUCGGCUACUACUCUGCUUCCUCUGCUUGCGGCCCAUAAUACCUCAGCUCAUCCGCUCCCUGCUCCUUCAGACACCCCCCCCCCACCCCCAUCAGCCCGACCCUGUGCCUUACUCCGAAGAGAUUCACAGACCGUGUCACAGUCACGGCCGCCUGUCGUGACGGGUGCACUGAGACGAUGAAUCUGACGCACAAAGCGUUUUGACGAUUUCAUUUCCCCUCAGACGCCCGACUAACCCGACCUCAGCCUCAAACCUGUGCCAUGAUCUAAUUCAUCAGGAGAGAGCGCCUCUCUCUGGACUCUUCCUGUGACAUCACUUCCUGUAACAGUAUAUACGGACAACUCUUGUUGUGCAGUAUUAAAUUUUAAAAUGUGUGCACCACCUUUAGAGGAUUUUUAUGUGUGUGUGAGAGCCGUCACAUCACUUCCACCCUUUUGUAUUUUACAGGUCUGUCACAUGGUUGAGAUUAACUCGUGCAAUAUUUGCAUAAUCUUACAAACGGAGGGAUUUUAUUUAAUAUUUAUGUGAUUGCAGAUCCAGUUAUGAAAUAGCAUGUUUUCUUUGAAACCUGAGGUGGUGAUUUUGUACCGUUAUUUUCAUAUUUGACUGUAAUAGUAUUUUUAUAGUAAAAUCCUGCUCUGCUAAAGGAAGCUCACGUGUGCUCAUGUAAAUGUCCAAAAACAAAUUAUCAAAUCAUUUAAUAAACAAAAUUAUACGUGUGUAAAGUUGAUUCCUCCUUUUUGUAGAGAAGCAGACGAGGUGAUAGAAAGUGUGUGAGAUUCUUAAAAUGACAAGGAUGUGACUCAGCUAACGGCACACCUCAGUAACCUGCAUCAUUAACCACUGCUUUCAUCAUCAUCCUCAUCAUCAUCACUGUGUCAUGGCUGCUUAUGACACCAGUUUCCCCCUCUACUGACCAAUCUGAGCCAACAUGGCUGCUGACCAUCACCACGGUCACCCGCGUUAAAGUUGGCAUGAGAAGCGCAUGUGUGUGCACGG